AUGAAUCUGGAGGAAACCCUAGAGAAGGAACCGGUUGAUGAAGAAGACGAAGGUGACGUGGAAGGAAGCAUAGCCGUCAGAUUAGUGAAGCGGGAUCGAUCUCCAUGUCAUCUUUGCUCAUCCAUUGAUUUCGCGGUUUUUCUUCCAAGAUCUCUGUUUUCUCCCUUUACUCGAGGAGUAAAAUCUUUAUCACUUCCGUUUGCUCAAGAUGCACGAGCAAAGUUGGACUCAGAUUACAUCAAUUUGGGUGUAAUCGGUGAUGAAGCUUCCCCGAAAUCGGAGAUCGGCGGAAGGGAGGAGAGUUUAUCCAUCGCCUUACAGGUAGCUGGUGGUGGCUGA